UUUUUUUUUUUUUUUUACGGUUUUCUUAUGUAUGUGUAUGUGUACGUGUACGUAUAAAGUAACACUGAGAGUGGAACGGGAUGGGGAAAACGGAAGUGAUAAUAAUGAAUAAAAUAAAGGGGUCGAAUUGGUGAAAGAUAAGAUAUGUUAAAGGCAGAGCAAGGAGAACUUCUACGAAUCGUUUCCCGGGUAUUUACUGCUCUUCCUCUCUCUUUCUCUCUCCCUUACCAUCCGAGGAUGAGGGAAAUACGUCGAAUAAGAUGGAUGAUGGUAAACGGUAUACUGAAUCCGUGUUCCCGCUACGUUACCUGCGGCGUAAUGUUGCUGCUGGUGGUACUUGCUGGUACUUGCCAGGCCUUGCUGGUCCCUGCUGGUCCCUGCCGGUGGAGAGGAGUAACGAUCGUCUAUGUAUGCAUACGUGUAGGCCUUGGAACGGUCGAGGGUUAUCGAAGGAUCAACAGUUUUUUUUUUUUUUUUUUUAUAGUUUUUUUUACCUUCUUCCUCGGCUUCACCCGUGGUCGAUAAUAUUCUAGGGAUUCUAAUUCUUCGGCUUUUAUGGUGUUUGUAUGUUUGUAGGUUUGUUAUUCCGUCCGUAGCGUUCUGGAUUCCUGGAGGGAUAUGCGCGUUUUUGUAAGUGAGUUGGUUGGGUUUGCGAUUUUAGCAAAGAUUGAAUUUGGCGAUAAUUAGAUUAUUUAGGGUGUCCCGCCUUAAGCUUUCGUCUAACCUCAGUUUUUAUAGUAAAUGUUACAUUCCAGUCUUGAAGCUCCUAGACAAUGGAACUGAUCCCAAGUCAUGGGGAAGAUUGGGGAAAAUUGGACGGGGGAGCAAAAAAAA